AUGGGAAACCAACUGGACCGGAUCACGCACCUGAGCUACAGCGAGCUGCCCACCGGGGACCCGUCGGGCAUCGAGCAGGACGAGCUGCGGGUCGGGGUAGCCUACUUCUUCUCCGAUGAGGAGGAGGACGUAGACGAGCGAGGGCAGCCGGACAAGUACGGCGUCAAGGGCCCCCCAGGCAGCGGCUGCAGCGGCGGGGGCAGCGGGGGCGACGGCGACGGCGACGGCGGGGGCAGCCCGGGCCCUGGGACGCCCACCCAUCACCCGCACCACCUGGUGCACCAGCUGGUGCUCCACGAAGCUCAGUGCUCCGCCUUCCGCGGGCCCGAAUGUAUCUUCUCCAAGGGAGGCGGCGGCGCCGGCGGGGGCGCAGGGGACCUGGGCGUCUACGCCGUGAGCGCCCUGCCUGCCCUUUGCCAGCCGGGAGACCUGGUGGAGUUGCUGUGGCUGAGGCCGCCCGCCGCCGCCGCCGCCGGGGAGCUCCCGGGAUCUGCCCCGCCGCCACCGCCGCCACCACACUGGGCCGUUUACGUGGGCGGCGGCCAGGUUAUCCACCUGCACCGGGGCGAGAUCCGCCAGGACAGCUUGUACGAGGCGGGCGCUGCCAACGUGGGCCGGGUGGUGAGUAACUGGUACCGCUACCGGCCCCUGGUGGCCGAGCUGGUGGUGCAGAACGCCUGCGGCCAUCUGGGCCUCAAGAGCCCCGAUGUAUGCUGGACCAACUCAGAGAGCUUCGCUGCCUGGUGCCGCUUCGGCAAGCGCGAGUUCAAGGCCGGCGGCGAGCUGCCCGCGGGCAGCCAGCCCCCUCAGCUGCAGUACUAUCUCAAGGUGCACCUGGGGGACGGCAAGGUGCACACGGCCAGGUUCCACAGCCUGGAGGACCUCAUCCGAGAGAAGCGGCGCCUGGACGCCGGCGGCACGCUCAGGGUCAUCCAGGAGCUGGCAGCUUUGGUCGACGCUAAGGAGUAGCUUGGGAAACCGCCGCCCCUGCUGCCUUGCCCGUCCCUCUGUCCUUGCCCUCCCUACCCUCCCUGCCCUCCUUUUCC